AUUUUUGUUAUUUAUUCUUAUUGGCCACGCCCACCCAGUCAUCUGACACCAAGCCAUGUCCACCAAUUAAGCCACAUCCACAGAACCGGUAGGGAAAAUUUUUAGAUUUCACCCCUGCUCUAAACCCUUGGACUUGGCAAGUAGAAUGGAGCACAGAGCAAAGUCGCUCAAUUACGCUCCUUGCAAAAUAAGGUAGUAACUCUCUUAAUUAAAGACAGCUGGCUACAGCCUGAUCCAUGUUUGGAAAUCACAGUCUGGUUUUUUUCUCUGGUGUGUCAUUCCUGUGAAUCCUGCUUGUGCAACUCUUGAUUUUGAACUGGCUGACAAACCUCAGUUCGCUGUCCAAACUUUGUACUGGAUUUUGACUAUUCUCCUGCAUGCUCCUGUUGAAAACAGAAUCAUCUAGUGCUGCCAAACUUCUGGACAAGAAUAUAUUUACUGUCAACACCGCAAAUCCACUGCUUCCUUCUUCUGCAAAUCUUCAUCUGGCUCAGCUUCAGGCACAGCUUACACUACACAGACUAAAAUUGGCUCAGACAGCAGUGAACAACAACACAACAGCUGCAACUGUCCUGAACCAGGUUCUUUCCAAAGUGGCCAUGUCUCAGCCACUUUUCAACCAAUUAAGACACCCUUCCAUGUUUAAUACCCUUCCAGGACAUGCUGUAGGUCCUGGAGCCACCAAUACUAGAUUUCCACCUGCUGGAAUACAUUUUCCAACACAGAACCCACCUUUGGCGGCCCAUGGUGGAACCCUGGGGUCAGUAAGUAAUCUUCCAAAUCAAAAUGUCAGUACUGUAGUCCUAAACCCUUUUGGGGGUGUAAUUUCUCAAACAACUGGACAACAAUCUAUGAGUCUAAAUAAAACUAGUGCCUCCUCUACCACAGGUGGAUGUUAUGAUUACAAUAAACAGCUUUUCCCCUCUGAUGCCAGUCAAUGCUGUCAACAGAGCUUUGUAACCAGUGGUUCUCAUCCAGUCCCAGUGUCAUCUGGAAAUGGAAUGUCUGAAGGCCAACUGGGAUUUCAGAAAGAGUUUUAUGGAGCUGUGUCCAAAGGCCAGCAUACAACUUGUACACAGUCUUUGACAUUUGCUGCUGACUCUCAAAAUUCUCAUCAGAAUCAAAAAGGAAAAAUGGGUUCUAUAGUGCAUGAAAGAGAUACAAGCAAUCAAUGGGAAAAUCCUUCCACUUUCCGUAGUCAAAAUAAAACUGACAUUAUGCCCAAUGCCAACGUGUGGCCAUCAACAAAUGUCCCAUACGAAGUAAGGAGUGAUCUCUACAACCCUGAAGAACCAACACCAGAUACAAAAUUUAGCAUUGGUACUCCACGUUUUUUCAGCAGAACUAAAAAUGGCAAACAAAAUUACAGUAACACACAAACAAGACAGAAACAGGAACCUGUUACUUCUGGAUUGCCAGUGAGGCCUCUUCAGUCCCAUGAAUUAAACGACUUUCAUAGUAUUGCACCCCUUAGCUUCCCACAUAUUUGUACAUUAUGCAGUAAGAAGGUAUUUGACCUUAAGGACUGGAAUCAGCACAUUAAAGGAAAACUUCAUAUUCAGAAUUGCUUGACUUUCUCAGAGAAUGCUGACAUUCAUUGUAUGUUGCAUUCAGCAGCAGAAGGAGUAUUGCAUUCUUCCUCCCCAAAUAAUAAAAGUGUGUUCAAUCUGUCUGGUACUGAAGAUUACCCUUUAAAUGCUGAGUCAUACAAUUCUGCAUCUUCAUUUGGCCAGUCAGGUUCCACAUUCUCUUACGUACCACCUGAUGGAAAUGUUCUACAAAGGAAAUGUGUCCCAGGUCGUGUAGUACACAUCUGUAAUCUUCCUGAAGGAAGCUGUACAGAGAAUGAUGUCAUCAACCUUGGACUUCCCUUCGGAAAAGUCACUAAUUAUAUUCUCAUGAAAUCUACCAAUCAGGCUUUUUUAGAGAUGGCCUAUACUGAAGCAGCUCAGGCUAUGGUAGAAUAUUAUAAAGAGAAACCUGCAAUGAUAAAUGAUGACAAGUUACUUAUAAGAAUGUCUAAAAGAUACAAAGAACUUCAACUAAAGAAACCAGGAAAGAAUGUGGCAGCAAUAAUCCAAAAUAUCCAUUCUCAAAGAGAAAGAGAUAUAUUUAGAGAAGCAGACAGAUAUGGACUGGAAAGGCCUCGUUCCCGCAGCCCCAUAAACUGCUCACUUUCUCCAAGAUCACGGACUCCAAGCUUCACUUCCUGUAGUUCUCCCCGUAGCCCAUUAAGCACAAACCGAACAGAGUGGGGAAAUGGAAGAGAGCCAAGGGAUCAGUUUCCUUAUUCUCAGAGAGAGGAAGAUAAAGAAUUACUGCCGUGGAGAGAGAAUGUGGAAGAAAAAAGAGAUCGGAGUGAAAUGUGGACUCAUGAAAGAAAACAUUAUUUACGGCACCUGGACUUGGAAGACCAUGUUGAAGCAACCCGAGGGCACAAAGAAAAAUAUUUAAGAGGGGGCUCACCCAGUGCAAAAGGGGCUUACCUUUUGCCUGCAUAUAAGAUGAGAGAAGAAGAUUGUUACAGAAAAUCAUCUAAGCAAAAGUCCAAUAAAUAUCAAAAUCAAACAUUGGAUGUUGCUUUGAAGGGCAAAAGAAAGGAAGAGACAAGAUUGAGAGAACAUAAACAUUCUCAUUGUGAAGACACAGCUAAGGAGGAAACAGCAGAACAAAAGUCCACCAUGAUGCCUGACAGUAUCAGGCAAAAGCAAAGCGAUAAAGAGAAAUUAAAAGACAAUGCUAAAAAGGCAGAGGACAUGACACCUGCUAUAGUUGAAAGAAAUAAUGUAAAGAAAGGAAAUGAAAAUGAGCAGGACUGGGAGAGUGGAAGUGACAUGGAAGCAGAAACUUGGUAUCCAACCAAUAUGGAAGAGCUUGUAACUGUUGAUGAGGUAGGAGAGGAUGAUCUUAUUAUGGAACCCGAUAUAACUGAACUUGAAGAAAUAGUAACUGUAGGUCAGGAAGAAGAAUGUUCCAUAAGGACUGCCUUAGAUGCUGGAUUGGAGGUAAAGAAUGAACACAGUUUAUUAACUACAAAGGAAGACAAAUCUAAUAUAUUGGAAGCCACCAUAGGAUCAGAGAAAGAAAAUGCAAAUGUAAGCGACUCUGAAAGUGAUAAUACAGUAACUAAAGCAACCCAUCUGAACUUUGAUACUGAAGAUAAGCCAGAUGAAUUGCAUGAAAAUAGAUCUGAAAAAGAUUCAGAUCAGCAUGAUAAUGACAGAAAAAUAGAUGAAAGUUCUAAUAUUCAGUUAAAGUUGGAGAAGCAGUAUAUAUCUUCAGAUCCUCCAAAGGAAGAACCCUUCCAGCACAGUAAUACAGUUGUAGAUGAUUAUAAAGAGAUAGAAACUCUGGAAAGCAGGAAUAAUGAAGAUAAGGAUAUCCUGGCAAAAAAAUCUCAAGAAGAAAGAAACUCUGGAAGUGAGGAAAAGCCAAAGACUCAAACAAAUUGUAGGUAUACAGAAAUAAAAACUCCCGAUUUCCCAGAAGUUGAAUCAAAAAAGUCAUAUUUUUCACCAUCGUGGGAACAAGAUGAUGUAUUUACAGAGCUCAACAUUCCACUAGGUGUGGAAUUUGUUGUUCCCAGAACUGGCUACUACUGCAAACUUUGUGGACUUUUUUACACAAAUGAAGAUGCAGCAAAAAUUCAUCAUUGUAGAAGUACUGUUCACUAUAAAAAUCUGCAGAAAUACCUAUCACAGCUUGCAGAAGAGAAUCUGAAGAUGAAUGAAAAAGAAAACAGCUCAGCCCAAGAUGAUACAGGGAUUGUCCCACACUUUGAGGAGAAAAAGCUAUGAUUUUUUAAAUCGAAUUGGAAACUUGCUGAUUUGUUUGCUGUUCUCAAGGAUGCACCUUUAGUUUGCACUUUGUUAAAGAAAGUAAAUCAUAAUUAACUUUUUCUGGCAGCCACAUUGAGAGCACCAUUAAAAAUAUAAUCCCUGCAAUAUAAUAAAGCACAAGUGACAUAUCUAUAAGUAGUAGCAUCCAUCUCUCCAUAAUAGAUACUGUUCUCUUUAAAUCAGAAUUCUCAGGGAUUUUCUCCAUGUUACUUGGAUUACAACCUCAGUUGGUCCGUGAAUGAGGCUUAUCUGAAAAAGAAAUAAUCUGAAUGAAAACUUUGCAUUAGCAGUUUUGUUCAGUGAUCAUGCUCAGUAAUAUACUACAGCUUACAUUACAUUAUAGGUGGUCCUUGACCUACAACCAUUCAUUUGUGACUGUUCAAAGUCACUGAAUGGCACUGAAAAAAGUGACUUAUGACUGGUCCUCAAACUUAUGACCAUCAUAGCAUUGCAUGGUUAUGCGACAAAAUUCAGGUGUUUAGCAACUGGCAUGUGUUUAUGACGGUUGCAGCAUCCUUGAUCAUGUGAUCACCAUUUGUGACUUUUCUAACCAGCUUCCAAAAAGCAAAGUCAAUGGGGGAAGCAAGAUUCAUUUAAUGACCACAUGAUUCACUUAACUGCAGUGAUUCGGUUAACAGCCAUGACCAAAAAGGUUGUAAAAUCGGACAUGAAUCACUUACUUAGCAAUGGAUAUUCUGGUCCAAACUGUAGUUGUAAGUCAAGGACUACCAGUACAGUUAAGAAAUUAUAUUACUGCUGAUAAUACUGGUCGUUUUGGGUAACACUGUCCUUGUCGGGUAUAAGGCAGUUUAUGAUAUAUAUUUUCAAAGAGAGGUUUUAAUUUGUAUUGAAAUGGACAGAAUUAAAGAAACCAUUCUAUUUUCAAUUUGUGAACAUAUGUAGAACUCUAAAAUUUUGUAAGUCUAGCAUACUAUGACUCAUGUUUUCCCUGCUAGUCUUAUUUUCUACUUUCUUUCAUGUUUCUUAAAGCUAAUUUCUUUUAAAGCCAUUGUUUGCUAAAUCUUAAUAUAUUUGCACAGGAAUAUAAUGGUACUUCUAGAUGAGAAGGUGUUCAAAAGCCUAUCUAUGCUGCUGUAAAUGCCAUGAUGGGAGUGGCACAUUACAUAAUACACAUUUUUAAUUACUUUGGUAACAUAUUUUAAUAAAUCAAGCAUUCUGAUAUGAAUCAACUAAAUAUUACAGUCCUCAUUAGAACUGUUUUAAAAUUUAAUGUUCAUAAAUUUUACAUUAAUUAUAUAGCUGCCCAGCUCAUUAUGUAUGUGUGAAAAGUUCAUACAGAUUUCACUAAAUAAAGCACAUAUUUAUUUGCUUAAGUGGAUAUAAUAACUGCCGGUAUCUGCCAACAUAAAAAGUUACUAUAAAAUAUACUGGAUAACGGUCCUGAACCAUGUUGCAAGGGCAAGUAUAAUUUCUCUAGAGCAGGGGUAGUCAACCUUUUUAUACCUACCGCCCACUUUUGUAUCUCUAUUAGUAGGAAAAUUUUCUAACCACCCACCUGUUCCACAAUAAUGCGCCAUAUAUCGUUGUCUGCACAUGCCUCUCGCGCAUCGUGGAUUGGGUUUGUGUGUGUGUGGGGUGCCGGCUACCAGCUCUGCUUGUCUGUUACAGCUGGGUGAUGUGGGGGGAAGAUGUGCAAGCUAUUUUGGGACUAGGCUCUUUUGUUUGCGGUCACACUAUAGCGCCAUUUAGUUUCACUUACGUAACGUGAACUAAACUUAUUUGCGGGCGAUACAAAUAGUAUAUUUUCAGAAAUUUAAAUUGUCACAGGGAAUUUUAUGAAAACGUAAUGAAAAUGUUUUAAAAUAAUGCUGUGAACAUUUUUUAAAAAGUCAAUUAAAUUUAAAAAAAGGAAGAUCUUCAGUAUCGGACAAAACCCCUACCUCCCACCAUGAAAGCUGGAACGCCCACUAGUGGGCGGUAGGGACCAAAUUGACUACCGCUGCUCUAGAGCCUUGCUUAGGUAGUUUAACAAUUUUACAGAAAAUAUUUUCACCAUUUGCUACUUCUAAAGUUGUCCAAUUAUCCCAUGAAAUCUUUUUUUUUGUAAUUAAAAAAAUCUUUAGUUUCAAGAUCUCCCAGCCAAAAUCUGAUUGUAUUACCUGCUUCAAUAUCAUCCUUUUCUUAAUUGUAAGGCAGAGGAACCAAUAUUUUCAUUGUUUUUAUUUUUAAUAAGUCUGUACCAUUAAAGAAUUCAUUAAAUAUCCACAUUCCUGUCUCAACUUUAAUAUAACAAGAGCCAUAACAUGUUUUAGAACCAUAAACUUAAGAAGUUUAGAGACCCUAGCCUUUGGCUUGACUUUGUAAAAUAGAGGCAGGCAUAUUCUUAAAGCAUAUACCACAUUUCUUCUAUUUCAGUAAUAUUGGUCAGUUAAAACAUUUUAUCCCAAGUUUAAAACUAUCUAAGGCAGCUAACAAAAAUAUUAAAAUAGGGAUUAAUAACAAGAUAAAUUAAUAUAUCUUUACUUCUGGUAUUACAGAAAAGGCACAGUUGAUCUGUAGGGGGAACAUAACUAUAUUUGUUGUUUUAAUGUAGAUUUUAGUGAAAAUAAUCUCACAGACAGUGAAGAAUACAUAUUCCAGCAGCAGAAGAUAGAAAGAUGUGGAAUUGCUUAUGCAACCAAAAUUACAAUCUUGCUUUGGAAUUAUGCUAAAAACCUGAAAUUUUAAAACACUUGCUUUUUCCCCUGCCUUAUUCUUUAUGAUUGUAUUUAUGAGGGGGGCAUGCACAGGGUAGCUUGAAGAAAAUCCAAAGACUUUAUUAUAAGUAUGUAAAAAGCUUAUUUAUAAACAAUUGCAAAAUAUUUGAAAUAUUUUAAAAUAUUUAGGUCUUGCAAUACCUUACUUGUCUCAACCUAUUACUUUUUAUGGUUUCAUAUCACAUACCUUUCAUUUUAAAACUACGGAAUCUAACUAAGCCCUGAGGCAUAAAAUUUGACAAUUUUUUUACUGACUGCAACACAUAAAUAGUAUUAGCCUUUCAGGGUUUCUAUAUCAAGUUUGAUGUAUUGAUAGAUACUUGAACUGGACCAGAUAUUAUUAUUUAUUAACCAUAUAAUUUUGUUUAAUUAUUGCUUAAACAUUUGAGGUAUGUCAGAAGUUUAAUCAGGAAGAAGCACACAUUUUUAUUGUUUAUAUAUCUUGAUCUAUUGAUGCAAUUGAUUUCAAAUUGUAUUUGUAAAAAUAAAUGAAUGGUUGUAAUAAAGAUAAUUUUUAAUGACUGGUGAGCUUUGGUAUCCGCAGUAACUUUCCUCUGGGUUCCUGUUCUUGUGCAACCUUUAUUCAGCUUUCAAUUACUCUGACAAAUGCUUGGAUUGGCUGUGUCCAGACUACAAUGUGUACAAAAGAAUUUUGGACUGGAGUUUAACCUUCAAGAUGAAAUCAUAAUUAAAUGGUAGAGUUUGUAUAUCAACUGGAGUGAUGAUAGUUGUAAUUUAUGUAGAAGAGGGCUGACGUGGUAUCAUUUUUCUCGUGCAUUUUAGACUUUGAGACAAACGUCAAACGUUUGUGUUCUGUUUCAACCUUCCUGUAUUUACCACCAAUUCUAAAUAGCGAAAAGCAAUUGCUGGCAGAAUUUUUUACUUGAGCCAAGGGUAAAAGCAACCUA